AACACUAGGUUUACGACACUUGACAACACUAAGCGCAUAGAAGCGCAACUACCAAGCUGUGAAAAAUGUGUUUAUAAUAUUUGAAAUAAAGAUAGUACCGAAAAUAUUAGAUUACAUAGCUAAACAGCGUUUUUGUCGAGCCGAAGCAGCGAACUUGGAACAUUUCGCACAGUCUCGGAGUCAACAACAACAAAGUCAACAUAGUUUGAUACCGCAAUUGACAGUGUGAGCGAAAGAGAGAGUGAGAGUGAGAGAGAUGUCUCAUACAAUAUUGUUAGUGCAGCCGGGAGCACGUCCAGAGACGCGAACAUAUUGCGAUUAUGAGAGCGUCAAUGAGUGCAUGGAGGGCGUCUGUAAAAUCUAUGAGGAGCAUCUGAAGAGGCGUAAUCCAAACACACCCACCAUUACCUAUGACAUCAGUCAGCUGUUUGACUUCAUCGAUACACUUAUUGAUAUUAGCUGUCUGGUCUAUCAGAAGAGCACCAACACCUAUGCGCCCUACAACAAGGAUUGGAUCAAGGAGAAGAUCUAUGUGCUGCUGCGUCAGGCGGCAUUCAGUCCGAAUGCCUAAGCCACACCAAUCUAACCAAAUAAACAACUACAACAAUAACAACCACAACAACAACAACAUGAGCAACAAAUCAUGGCAAUAGAACAUUAACAAUCCUAAUCGAGUUUUCAUGUUCAGCAUUGAAUUAUUGGACAAAACACAAAUUAAUUAAGUUCUUUCGAUCUUUUUCUUCAUUCUAUAUCCAAUCUGUCAGUUUUGUUGCUUUGAAAGGAAGACACAUGGAUCCGUGUCCCAAACUGGCCGAAAUAACUCGAAGAAUUACUUUAAUGUUUUUUUUUUGGUUUAUUUCUUCUCUAUAUUAGCGUAAAGUGCGACUGUGUCCAUUUGUAGAAUUGUGCACUACAAACUGGCGAAUAAGAACCUUAAUUUUUUUGUAUUUAAAUAUAAUAUAAUGUAUGUAUAUA